GUGAAAGCAGGUCUAACAAUGUCUAACAAUGUACUUUUCUUUAAAAUAUAGCCUAACAUCUUGAUCAACGGUAUGAUUUACUUAGUGCAAAAGGCUUGUAAGCAUCCUAGAAGAAUGUGGACAUCUUUUAAUCUCGUUUGUAAGGCCUAGCAGCAAGGAGGGGGAGCAAGCUCUAGCAGGAGUCACCAUUUUGGAGCGGCCAUUUUGGUGGAAGUGCUGCAGUUGGUGAGCAUCGGGCUUCAGUGAGUAGCAGACAAGGAGGGACUCGGCCCCGCGGCAAGGUGAAUCGGUUGAAAGAGAGUCAGCACUAGCAAAAAGAGCCAGUGACAGCAACUCUUGGUGUGUGUCAGCGUCGAGCACACGGGCCCGGACUGUGAAUCGUGGUUGCGAAGUUAGCGACAAGCAAGGAGACAAACAAAACAUAAGGUCGCAAGAGCAGGAGAGUUGAACGUUGUGCAAAAGGUGUGUCUGCCAGACUUUGGUGAACGUGAAGACUGCCUGUGGAUCAGAGGAGGAUGCCGAGCGAACUCUCGGCCCCUGCAAGCAUGCAGUCGGAGGUGAGCCCCUCUCUGCCCCUCAGGCUUCUCACCAAGGGUCCCAGCUACCUCCGCAGUCAAAUGGAGGGGGACAGGCGGGGUCGGCCGAGCGCAGUGGAGAGACUGGCAGCCGACAAGGCCAAGUACGUGAAGAGUCAGGCGGCGAGGGGAUGCAACCUGGAACCCAGUGGUUUGGGCAGCUCUGCCUCCGAGGAGGACAGCAGCUGCGGCAGCGGCGCCAGCAGCAGCAUGGAGACCUACCUGGGCCCCAGCAGCCGCCGGCAGACCGGGCAGCAGGAGCUCCAACCGAGCAUCGUGCGGCGCUCGGGAUCCAAGAGGCAGCUGAGGCCCGACUCGCUGGUCAUCUACCGGCAGAAGUGCGAGUUCGUCCGGGGAGCGGCGGCCACCAGCAGCAGCCGGAGCUCCAAGGGCAACCGGAGCCUGGUCAGGAGGCUGCUGCCGGGCUCCGGCGGCCGGGCCGACAGACAGCAGCAUUCGGCGACGGGAGCAGCAACAUGUGGGGGAGAAGGAUCAGCAGAUGGUACAGAGCCAGCACCACCCCAGGGAGCACCAGCACCCCAGGGAGCACCCCAGGGAGCACCAGCACCCCAGGGAGCACCCCAGGGAGCACCAGCACCACCCCAGGGAGCACCCCAGGGAGCACCAGCACCACCCCAGGGAGCACCAGCACCCCAGGGAGCACCAGCACCACCCCAGGGAGCACCCCAGGGAGCACCAGCAGCACCCCAGGGAGCACCAGCACCCCAGGGAGCACCAGCAGCACCCCAGGGAGCACCAGCAGCCCCCCAGGAAGCACCAGCAGCCGCAACACCCCAGGGAGCACCAGCAGCCACACCAGCAGCACCCCAGGGAGCAGCGGCCGGACGCACCAAGGAGCCACUGAAGCGGCGGGGAGGAGGAGCGGGGCUGCAGCGCUCGCACUCCGACUUGAGCUGCCGCUACUCCCGAGCCUGCUCGGGCUUGGACAGCUUCUUCGAGCACUGCGGACUGGAGCCCGAGGUGAUGGAGGCUCUGGCCAGGGAGAAGUUCGCCGCUGCCUCCGACAGCCUCGUCCUCAAGUUCCGGAGCGUGAGCAGCCCGGACUCGGAGAGCGAGCUGUCCCAGCACAGCAGCACCAGCGGUGGCAGCGAACGGCUCCGGGGGCAGAACAAGCCCCCGCCCUCUGCCCUCUCGGUCAUCGAGCGCAACGCCAGGGUCAUCCAGUGGCUGUACGGCUGCAAGAGAGCCCAGGAGUCCAAGGGCAAGGCUGCGGCUGUCCUGGUGUAGAGCAGGAGUGUCCCUCGGGGGCACGGCAUGGUUCCUUCCUUAAACUCGGCUGCCUUACAUCCCUUUCGGGAUGUGGACGUUCCCGUAGACCCGUCUAUGCAUUGUGAGAUCAGAAAGUGCCUUAAUGCGAGGGGUGAGAGUGGAAAGGAAACUCACUGUUGGAAUACUGCAGCGAAACCAGCAAGAACUGGGAGCAGAUGGGGCGGGGAGCGGGGUGCAUCUGAGGGAAGAGAAGCUAAUUUCAGAUGGGGUUGGUCUUUCCUGUCCCCAACCACCCCUCUCCUUACAAACGAUAAAGAGACACCACCCACCCCGCCUAUAGCGUGGGAAAAAGUUUUUUUCAAAAUGCGGUGACUACUUUGUGAUAAAUACUCUGAUAGCCUCUGUUCAGUGUUUUGAGGAAUACAGACUCGGGUAAUGUGACUUUGUUAUAUUUAAAUCAGUUAUCUCAUGGAGCGAAGAGAGAAGUUGAAUCUUACAAUUAACUUGACGAGUCUGCCAGAUUUCAAUUUUCAUUGUCUUCAUGAAAAGAGCUGGCAAAACUUUCACGACUGUUUGCAAAUACCACAGUGGUAUAAUUCACUGUCUGAACUGGUUUGAUUACAGACUCAUCCCUUUCAAAUCAAGUAAAAUGAUUUGUAACUUCAUUUUACUUCAAGACAAUGUUAAAGUUUCAAAUAUUCCCUGAUCUUACCUGCCACCUAGAUUGAAAAUUUUAUUUUUUUAUAUUAUAGAGAUUAAUUUUAUUUUGUGUGUUCAAUACAAAAUCUUUAAAAAGAGAAUGUUCAUAUUGUCACCUACAAAAAUGUUCUGUUUGGAUCAUUGAAGUUUUUAAAGAAAUACUUUAAAUAACGGAAGAUUAAUAGAUCAAACCAUACAAAGUAAGCUCUAUCACAAUGGUAUCACCUCACUUCCAUGUAAAUUUGAGUGAGGUGGACCAACAAUUCCAAUGCAUAUCUGCCACAGGCCACAAAAGCAAGUAGGUUUUCACACCAACAAUAUUUUGCAGCAAUUUAAAAAUAUAAUCUGAUGCAUUUUAACUAUCUUUUUAAAUUCCUAAACAGUAAAGCAAAACAUUUUCAGGGCUGUGGGGGAAGAGCACAGAAUUGCAACCGAUAGGAUUGCUGUAUUUACUUAGACCCAGCUUCCUAGCUUAGUUUGAUGGGCUGAAUGGCCUCCUUCUGUACUCUAAAAAGUCUAUGGCUCCAUGAAAACAUUUUUUUUAAUGCUGGUGUCAGUUCUGUAUCCUAUUUUCCCACCAGUUGAAAAGGGUGGUGAUGUUUCUAGUUUCUCAUAGUUACUUUGGGUCUAAGCACUGGAGAGAAUUGGUAUGGUUCAGUAAUUGAGUAGACAUGGUGCUUGCACCUCUACCAAAGGCAGAUUUGAACUUUAAUUAUUCAGUUUUAUAGGAAUCAAAUGCACACAUCUCACCAUGCUGCGACACAGUCUGAUGGUAGGUAAUCCCAAGAAUCUUUGAGGUUACUUGGAAAGCUUUGUGUUGUUGACAUCACCCGGGUACACCCAUGGAGGUUUGAACUUGGAAUGUUCAGAUAGUUUAAAUUUGAUCUCAAAUUUUGUUUCUGCCAGUUUCUUUAACGGAAUAUAUUGCUUUCACGUACUGCUCCAGAGAAAGCUUUGUUUAUACUGAAUAGUGGAGAUGACAAGAUAUUAUUGACAUGUCUACCUGAGGUCCAUCUGAGAAGAAUUUGGACCAGGCCAUCCAGUGUCACAAGGGAUUGAGUCACAUGAUGGAUUACCUCUAUUUUUAUAUAUCAUCUGUCAGAAGGUUGGCAUUAACACUCGAAAUUAGUGAUUUGUGUGAGUUUACUUCAAUGUUUACUAACACCAGCCACCUUCCAAAUUUUGAACACAGGUGUUAUUGAAGAGUCUAAUAUUAAUUCUGCUGUAUUCAAAGCACACAAAUUUAAUCAUUCAGGUAACUAAACUAGUGGCUGCAAGUUCAAGACAGGCAUCCUUUAAAGACAUUUAUUGCAAAUGUGCAGCCCCAGAUUGACCUUCUCGCAUCUUUUGGUGUGAAUGCCUGUUGAAAGAAUUUGCUAUUAAUGUGUUAGGGGAGAGCACAAACUAAUUCACCAGACUACCAAACUGGGGGUUUUCGUGUUUAUAGCUCUCAAGUGUAUGACAGCUUUACAGCAGUGCAGUUAACCAGAUGGGAGAAACUAUCAACACUCAGUAUAAGAAUGCUUUCCACUGCCUGUAGAAGUGAAGAAGUUAUCCUUUAUAUUCUGAUUGUACAAGGCCUGAUAAAUGUGUCAUCUUAGAUAUAAAAAUCAAAAAAAUUGCAGAUACUGGAAAUCUAAAACUAAAACAGAAAAUACUGGAAAUACUCAGGUCAGGCUGCAUAUGUGGGAAGAGGAAUGGAACCAUAGUUUCAGGUCAGAGACCCUACAUACCCUGUUCUGAUGAAGGGUCUCCAACCUGAAAUGUUAACUGUUUCUCUUCCCACAGAUGUGGCCGGACCUGUGGAAUACUUCCAGUGUUUUCUGUUUGUGUCUUCUUGGACCUUUGUCGCUGUUAUUGAUACCAGUUUAUUAAUUCCAGGUUUUUUGAAUGGAAUUCAAUUUGUCAAAUUUGCUCUGUACCGUUAGCUGCUAAGUCACAGAACCAUGCCCAAAAUGUCGUUACUGUUCAUGAGCCAGUAUGUGGGAGAUUUGCAUGAGGCUUAGGCAGCCAGCUGGCUUCUGUCUCCAACCUGUUCUGUCUCAGAAUGGAAAUUUAAUGUGAGCGGAAAAAGCAGGGGUAAACCAUGCC